AAUUGAAAUUCAUUAGAUGAAAAGAGAACGAGUCUAAAGAGGAGAAGAGUAUUUAAAGAGAAAAAAAAAAUAGAUAAUAACAUUCUAAAUAAAUGAGCACAAGUUCUAGUAUUGAAGAAGAAGUGUUCAAUUAUAUGAAGAUUAUAAAUAAUUUUGUUUCAGUUGGGAAUAUUAUUGUUUCUCUUUGUUUUAUUCUGGCUUUGAGAGGAUUAUCAACACAAAUAAGUGCAAAAAUGGGAAAUAUCUAUGGAAUUAUUGGAAUGACUGUUGCUUUUAUUGCAGCAGUUGUAGAUAAGAUUGGAGAUUAUUUUGAUCCAGAAGUUUAUGGAGAAGAAACAGGAAAAACAAGUAUUAUAUAUUUACUUAUUGGAUAUUUAGGAUUUUUAAUUCCAGCAGCAUGUAUUGGUAUUUUUAUUGCAUCAAGAGUAGAAAUGGUUCAAAUGCCACAAUUAGUAGCAGGAUUUCAUUCAUUUGUAGGACUUGCAGCAGUAUUUGUAGGAAUAGCACAUUGGUUAAAAGAUGCAGAAGCAUAUAAUAAUGAUCAUAGUAAAUAUACUGAAGAAAAUCAAUUUUCAUAUUUAGUUAUGAUUGGACUUGAAACAGUUUUAGGUAUUUUUAUUGGAGGAAUGACAUUUACAGGAUCUAUUGUUGCAUUUGGAAAAUUACAAGGAAUCAUUAGAUCUAAACCACUUAUUAUUGGAGGAAAUUUCAGACAUGUUUUAAAUGCAGGAUUAGUUAUUUUUGGAUGUUUAUUAUGCAUUCCAUAUAUUAUUUUUGAAUAUUUAACUCUUAAUGAUUCUACACUUAUUAGUAAUUUAGAAACAUAUUCAGUUUAUAUUAAUGGAGGUAUUUUAAUUGUUGUAAUAAUUAUUUCAUUCUUUAUUGGAUGGCAUAUGGUUAUGGCUAUUGGAGGUGCUGAUAUGCCAGUUGUAGUUUCAAUGUUAAAUUCAUAUUCAGGAUGGGCUACAGCAGCAUCAGGAUUCUUAUUAAAUAAUUAUGCUAUGAUUGUUGGAGGAGCAUUAAUUGGAUCAUCAGGAGCUAUUUUAUCAUAUAUUAUGUGUAAAGCUAUGAAUAGAUCAUUCAUGUCAGUUAUUUUUGGAGGAUUUGGAGCAACACCAUCUAAAACAAGAAACCAAGAAGAUGAAGGACCUAAAGAAGCUAAUACAAUUCAAACACCAGAACUUGCUAAACUUUUAAUGGAAGCACAUAACAUUGCUAUUGUUCCAGGAUAUGGAAUGGCAGUUGCAAAAGCACAACAUGUAGUUGCUAGUCUUGCAGAAGAAUUAAUUAAAGCAGGAAAAGAAGUAAGAUUUAUUAUUCAUCCAGUUGCAGGAAGAUUACCAGGACAUAUGAAUGUAUUACUUGCAGAAGCUAAUGUACCAUAUAAAAUUGUAUUUGCAAUGGAAGAAGCAGAAGAUUUAGAAAAUGUUGAUGUUGCAAUUGUUGUUGGAGCAAAUGAUACAGUUAAUCCAAUAGCAGAAACUGACCCAACAUCACCAUUAGCUGGAAUGCCAAUUAUUGAUGUUUAUAAAGCUAAAGUAUGUGUAGUUAAUAAAAGAUCUCUUAAUCAAGGAUAUGCAGCAGUAGAUAAUCCAUUAUUUUUCUAUUCUAAUACAAGAAUGUUCUUAAGUGAUUGUAAGAAAGGAUUUGAAGAAUUAAAUGAAGAAAUUAAAAAAUUAACAAAUAAUUCAACUACAACAAAUGGAGAAGUAAAUUAUUCAGAAAAAACAGGAUUAUUAUCUCAAGAAAAAGAAGAAAUUCCAACAAAAGUUCUUGCAGAAGAUUUAUUUAUUGGUAUUCCAAAAGAAAAUGUACCAGAAAAAAUGGUUGCUAUGGUUCCAUCAGUUUGUAAACAACUUAGAUCAAGAGGGUAUGGUAUUUAUGUAGAAUCUGGAGCAGGUUUAUUAUCAUCAUGUACUGAUGAAGAUUAUAGAAGUGUUGGAUGUCGUAUUGCUGAAACAACAGAAGAAUUAUAUGAAAAAUCAAAUAUUAUUUGUAAAGUAAAUCCACCAAGUGAAGAAGAAAUUAAUAAAAUGAGACAAGGACAAACAUUAAUUUCAUUUUUCUAUCCAGCAAAGAAUUCUAAAUUACUUGAUCUUUCAGUUCAAAAAGGAAUUAAUGUUAUUUCAAUGGAUUGUGUACCAAGAUUAUCUAAAGCACAAUGUAUGGAUGCAUUAUCAUCACAAAAUAAUCUUGCAGGAUAUAGAUGUGUUAUUGAAGCAUCAAAUAAAUUUGGUAGAUUACUUAUGGGACAAGUUACUGCAGCUGGUAAAUCACAACCAGCUAAUGUACUUGUUAUUGGAGUUGGAGUUGCAGGACUUGCAGCUAUUUCUACUGCUAAAGCACUUGGAGCACAAGUUAAAGCAUUUGAUACUAGAAAAGCAGCAAAAGAACAAGCUGAAUCAGUAGGAGCUGAAUUUUGUACAGUAAGUGUAGAUGAAGAUGCAGAAAAUAAAUUUGGAUAUGCAAAUGCAGCAUCCCAAAGACUUAUUGAUGCCGAAUAUGCAUUAUUUAGACAAUUAUUACCAGAAACUGAUAUUGUUAUUACAACAGCAAAUGUUCCAGGCAAGAAAUCACCAAUUUUAAUUACUCAAGAUAUGGUUGAUUCAAUGAAAAUAGGAUCAGUUAUUGUUGAUUUAGCAGCUGCUAAUGGAGGAAAUUGUGAAGUAACUCGUAGUGGAGAAACAUAUCUUUAUGAUAAUAGAAUUACCAUUAUUGGACAAACUGAUUAUACAGUUAAAAUGUCACCACAAGCAUCUCAAUUAUAUUCUCAAAAUAUAUUUAAUUUCUUAAAUUUAAUUUGUAAGAAAGCAAGUGAUUUUACUAUUAAACUUGAAGAACCAAUUGUUAGACAAAUGGUAGUUUGUUCUGCAGGACAAAAAAUGUGGCCAGCACCUCAAAUCCAAGUUGUUAGUCAAAAUACACCAGCAAAGAAAGUUGAAAAUAUUAAUACUCUUUCAACUGAAGAAGAAAAUAAAAAAUCAUUCCCUAUUGGAAAAAUUAUUGGGUUUGGUUGUAUAAUUCUUCUUGUUAUAUUUAUGUUAUUUAUGCCAGAAAUGUUUGUUACAGCAUUUAUGUCAUUUGUACUUGCUAUUAUUGUUGGAUAUUAUGUUAUUUGGAAUGUUACAAGUGCACUUCAUACACCUUUAAUGUCUGUUACUAAUGCUAUAUCUGGUAUUAUUGCAGUUGGAGGAAUUACAAAUAUUUCAUUGAUUGAUCCAUCAACUGAUCUUUUCUAUUUUGUUGCUGUUACUAUUGUUGGAUGUUUAGCUGUAUUUAUUGCAUGUUUGAACAUCUUUGGAGGUUUCUUCAUUACAUACAGAAUGUUGAAAAUGUUUCAUUAAUUGAAUAUUUAAGUGAUA